AUGGCAGUGAGCGCAAAAUUCAAACAGUCUCUCUAUGCUUUGACCUAUGUUGUUGAUCGUCAACAGAUCGAUGAAGAUAUCAACUUUUCUACAAAAAACCAAUGGACCCGUAUUUCCUUCGAAGAGAAUUGCCAGAGCAUCCUUGACCAGUGGAACAAACUUCCUCAAGAUAAACGCGCUCAGCACUGGUCUCUCCUUCGUGUUCAGAAAUACGACUUUCAAAGGGUCAAGCUAUGGCUCAAACAAAGCAAAAUCCCAUCUCCAGCAUGCAUCAAGAUACUCAACAUCAUUGGUCAUUCCGACAGCAAGCCCAUGCACUUCCAACUCGACAGGUUUGCCACUAAAGUAUUUGCCAAUAUCCAGUCCGCCAUCCCUUCCAAGCCAAACAACGUCAAAACACUCCUCUGCUCUUUGGCAAUCAUCAAAAACGCCACAGCACGCUAUCGCGGCUGCUUAUACAACAAAAAACGCCUCUCCCGAACUCAAUGGAAGCAGUUUGUUGACGCAAUCGACAUCACCUAUCAAUGGGCGACACAACUUCGACAAGUUAAUCACUCAAUGACCAACAAGUUUCUCAAGAUCCUUCUUCUUUCCCCUCGUCAUCACAUGCGAAAGAUCCGAAACAACUACAAAUAUAUGUGUCCGUGGCAUACCACUGUUUCUGAUGAGUUGCUUGAAAAGUGUAAUUUUCUAUAUUCACAGUUCGAAUAA